AAAUUUUAUUAUGAUGAAGGAAAAUUAACUACCCUGAAAAACUACAUUACCCAGAAUACUCGAAAUCCAUUUCAACACUGUGUCCCAGAGGGCAGAACAGUUCGUGGUCACUCUGCUUCAUAUCGCUCGUGGAAUAACAAACUCGCAGUGACCAGCAGACUGGCACCAUGUUGACAGAGGUGGUCUUGGCCCUUGUGGUAGGAGGGGUCAUCUACUUCCUGGUCCAGCGGAGCAGGAAGCAGGUUCUAAAGACGGAGGAUGGCUGGUGGGGGGCAGGAGCGCCCCCUGGUGGAGAGGAGGACCAGAGCAUUCGCCCAUUCACGGUCCAGACCAGCGAUGGGGAGAUAGAGGACUUGUACCGCAGGAUAGACCAGACAAGGCCCGUGGAGUCUCUGGAGGACAGCCAGUUCAACUACGGCUUCAACUCCAUCUACUUGCAGAAGGUGGUGUCCUACUGGAGGAAUGACUUUGACUGGAAGAAGCAGGUGGAGAAGAUCAAUAGAUACCCGCACUUCAAAACCAACAUUGAAGGCAUCGACGUCCACUACGUCCACGUCCAACCCCGGAGCCUCCCGGAGGGGACGAGCGCGGUCCCCCUCAUCAUGGUGCACGGCUGGCCCGGGUCCUUCUACGAGUUCUACGGCCUGAUCCCGCUCCUGACUGGGCCCUCUGACCCCGGCAACCUCUGCUUUGAAGUCGUCUGCCCCUCCAUCCCGGGGUACGGCUUCUCUGAGGCACCCCGCAAGAAAGGGUUUGACUCGGUGAGUGCGGCACGUGUGUUCCUCAAGCUGAUGAGGCGGCUGGGCUUCCAGCAGUUCUACGCCCACGGGGGGGACUGGGGCUGGCUGGUCACCACAAACAUGGCGCAGCUGGAACCCAAGGCAGUGAAAGGCCUACAUGUGAACUUCGCCCCUCCCUCCAAGCCAAGCCUUCCCAUGGUCCUGUCCAUCCUGCUGGGCAAACGCUUUCCCAAGCUGUUCGGCUUCACGGACCACGACAUCCGCAGGAUCUACCCCUGCAACCAGAACCUGGUGGUGGAGCCGGUUAAAGAGUCGGGCUACAUGCACAUCCAAGCCACUAAGCCUGAUACUGCAGGCCGGGGCCUGAAUGACUCCCCUGUGGGUCUGGCUGCCUACAUUCUAGAGAAGUUCUCCUCCUGGACGGACCCUGACUUCAGGAGCCUGGAGGACGGAGGGCUGACCAGGAAGUUCUCUUUGGACGACCUUCUGACCAACGUGAUGAUCUACUGGAGCUCUGGGUGCAUCGUCUCCUCCAUGAGGUUCUACAAGGAGAACUUCAGCAAGGGCCUGGACCAGCCGCACUCCAGGAUGGCGGUGCAUGUACCCACAGGUUUCGCCUGCUUCCCCAACGAGUUGAUGCACAGCCCCAAGCUGUGGGUGCAGCAGAAGUACCCCCAGCUGAGCAGCUACACGCUGCAGCCUCGUGGGGGGCACUUCGCUGCCCUGGAGGAGCCCCUGCUGAUGGCCCAGGACAUCCAGAGCUUCACCAAGACGCUGGAGAAGAAGAAGUAGCAUAGCAACAACAUAUGUUCCAGUUUCCUGUGUCCUAUUUCCUGUUUUCCAAACAGCUCCAGAUGCUAGGUCACCGUGCACCGUGUGUUAUGAUAGCCAACCUAGUGAAGUCAAGUGCCAAGUUUUUCCCCCGCUGAUAAACACACCAGGUCUGUGGAGAGACCUUCACCUUAGCUGUUGUUAUGUGUAACUGUCACCAUAUCGUAUUGCCCAGUGUUUACUGAGAAGUCGUUAUUACAAGUGUAAUUCCAUGAUUGAUACACAGGAUCAUUGUAUUAUUGUACAACUCUUAUUGUGAAGCUUUGUACUGGUACUCUUAUUGUGAAGCUUUGUACUGGUAAAACCAAAGCUUUGGUUGCUUUCUCUCUUUUUCUUAAACAAUAUUUACCAUUAAGGACAAUAUAUCUCUGAUCACAUCAGUCCUGAAUGACUUAAAUAGCACAUUUUAUUUCUUGGCCAUGUUGCUUUUUAAAAUUUUAGCACUAAUAAACACAACUGAGAUU